CCACUCUGCAAGAAACCCAUCUCUCUCGCCUUCCCUUUCUCACAUUCUCUAUCUAAAACCCUUUUAUCUAUUUCGACAAAAGUUCUUGCACGGACUCUGAAAAAGCCAGAUCCUUUACUGCAUUCAAGAAAUGGCGAUUGAAGACCACAAGAACCCAAAUCAAGACAUCAUGCCUAAGAGCAGAAGAAUCAGAGGUGUUGGUGGAACAGAGGAAGAAGAGAAUCAAUGGCCUCCAUGGCUGAAACCGUUACUGAAAGAACAAUUCUUUGUUCAAUGCAACGUUCAUGGAGACUCAUCUAAAAACGAAUGCAACAUGUAUUGUUUGGACUGCACUAAUGGCGGCUCCCUUUGCCCUCUCUGUCUUGAACACCACAAGGAUCAUCGUACCAUCCAGAUAAGGAGAUCGUCGUAUCACGAUGUGAUAAGGGUCAACGAGAUUCAGAUGCAGUUAGAUAUAACGAGCGUUCAGACGUAUGUGAUCAACAGCGCAAAGGUUGUGUUUUUGAAUGAAAGGCCUCAGCUUGGGCGCGUUAAAGUUACUAAUGCCUGCGAUGUCUGUUCUCGUGGCCUUAUUGACGAUUGCUUUUGCUUCUGCUCUCUUGGCUGCAAGGUAGCAGGAACUUCUAGAAGCUUUGAGAAGGUAGUGAAACAGACGCCAACGGAAUUAGAGAGUUCAAACAACAGUUCAGGAGUAGAGGAUAGCAUUCCAAGUCCCAAGAGUUUAACCCUAUCAAUACCUCAAGUUCCUACUUCUACUUCUUUGAGAAAAAGACUGAGAAAGGGAAUACCUUACCGGUCCCCACUGCAGUGAGGUUAGAUCGCAAAGAAGCAGAAGAUUGUGUUACAUUUAAAGGCUCCUUGUUAUAUAUUAGACGUACUCAAAAUAGUUGGUUUAUAGCACAAAAAAGGGUUUUAACUUGGUCUUACUCCAAAGGAGGGCCGAAGGUUUGUAGUCAAAUAAUUAGCAUUAUAUAUGAUAUAUUCUUGUAUAUUCUCAA